AUGCCUGCCGGUAACAAGGGCAAACACCGCUCCGGCGGCUCGCUGUCGCUCAAGACCUCCAACAAGAUCGUCAGAAAGCAAUUAUACGUCAAGCAAAAGAAGGAGCAGGGAAAGGAACGCCAUGAGGAGCGUCACCGUCGGAGGAAGGAGGAGGCCAAGGAUCCCAAGCUCAGAGAAGAACGUCUCGCAACCAACCAACCCUUGACCAUUGAGAGGAAACGUGUGUGGGACGAUGUCGACGAUGACAGCUUGGGCGUCGCUGUGGAUGUUGCCGAGCUCAAGAGGAGGCGCUUGGAGAAGGAGGAGGCCGAGGCCGCCAGGGUAGCCGAUGGCCUUCCGGCAGAGGAAGAGGAGAAGGACGAUGAUGCCGAUUCCAUGUUGGACUCCGACGAGGAGCUCGAAGACGACGAUGAAGAUGCCGAGGAGCGCAUGGAGAGGCUCAGACAGGAGCGCGCGCAGAGGAAACCCAGCAUCGCUCCCUCGACGACGUCGACAAAUUUAGACAUGACUCCCGACUCGCUCACACGACAAUUCCCCAAUCUCUUCAACGAAGAACCUCCAGUCGACCCCAAGGUUCUUGUCACCACCCAUCUGAACGGCACAAUUCACAAGGAGGCGGAGGAUAUUGCUGCCAUCUUCCCCAAUAGCACGUACAUCAGACGCAGUGCGCAUGCUUAUGGACACAAGUACAGUGUUCGCGAGAUUGCAAAGUUCGCCAAGAACCGCGGAUACACGAUUCUUAUGAUUGUCGGCGAAGAUCUCAAGAAGCCAAGCUCGCUCACCAUUAUCCAUCUCAACGGCGAAGAUGUUGCCCCCGGUCCUUCAUUGACGUACACCAUCCGCAAUUACCUACCUGGAAAGGCCCUUCUCGGUCAUGGCAACCCUACAAACCACUAUCCCGAGCUCCUUCUCAACGGUUUCAAGACCCCUCUCGGUAUCCUCGCCGCCAAGUCGAUGCACACCAUGUUUCCUCCCAAGCCCGAGCUUCAAGGCCGCCAGGUCGUCACGCUGCACAACCAGCGUGAUUAUAUCUUCUUCCGCCGCCACCGUUACGUCUUCCGUGAGGCGCGCGCGACGGAGAAGAACGUGGUUACUGCGGAGGGCAAGGAAAUGGAGGGUAUGCAGGGUAUCCGCGCUGGUUUGCAGGAGAUUGGACCCAGAUUCACUCUCAAGCUCCGCAGAGUGGACAAGGGUAUCGGCCGCGCUGGCAGCGAAGGAGAGGAUGCUCUGAAGUGGGAGUGGAAGGCCAAGAUGGAGAAGGUCCGCACGCGCUUCAACCUCUAA